UGCUUGAACACCUGAUCACCCAGGAGACCAGUGCCUACGAUGUUGGUUGACUAGUUCUAGUCUAACUGGUUUUUCCAGGAAGGCAGUGCAACUGAAUAGCCUAUGACAGACACCAAAUAUUUCCAUACAGAGGUCGGGUUUCCUCCACCUUAAAGCACAGAUGAGUCAGUAAAGAGCAGACAUCUCAUUGUAUCUCACGAUCAGGGCCUUAGAAAAGUAAUUGACUAUCUAUAAAUUAAGACAUUAACCAGCAGCAUCACGGAACAAUGAGUGAGACCGUUUUUUCAUUUGCCCAGGACUUUUUGGCUGGUGGAAUCGCCGCUGCGAUUUCGGAGACUGCUGUUGCUCCCAUAGAAAGAGUCAAGCUGCUCCUUCAGAUCCAGCAUGCCAGCAAGCAAAUUACAGUUGACAAGCAAUACAAAGGUAUUGUAGACUGUAUAGUACGUAUUCCCAAGGAGCAGGGCUUUUUGUCCUUCUGGAGAGGCAACUUGGCCAAUGUCAUUAGAUAUUUCCUAACACAAGCUCUCAACUUUGCUUUCAAGGAUAAGUAUAAGAAUAUUUUUCUGGAUGGUGUUGACAAGCGUACCCAGUUUUGGAGGUACUUCGCUGGUAACCUCGCCUCUGGUGGUGCUGCUGGAGCCACGUCUCUGUGCUUUGUCUACCCGCUUGACUUUGCCAGAACCCGUUUGGCUGCUGAUGUCGGAAAGGCUGGUGCAGAGAGAGAAUUCACAGGCCUUGGACAAUGUUUUACAAAGAUCAUUAAGUCUGAUGGUCUGAAGGGCUUGUAUCAGGGCUUCAACGUGUCUGUUCAAGGCAUCAUCAUCUACAGGGCGGCUUACUUUGGCAUCUAUGACACUGCAAAAGGCAUGCUACCCGACCCAAAUAACACCCAUAUUUUUGUCAGCUGGAUGAUUGCACACUCAGUCACUAUUAUUGCUGGUUUCACAUCAUAUCCCUUUGACACAGUACGUCGUUGUAUGAUGAUGCAGUCUGGACGUAAAAAAGCUGACAUAAUGUACAGCGGCACUAUUGACUGCUGGAGGAAGAUUGCACGUGAUGAGGGUGGAAAGGCCUUCUUCAAGGGCGCCUGGUCCAAUGUGCUCAGGAGUAUGGGCGGAGCCAUUGUCCUGGUUCUGUAUGACGAGCUCAAGAAGAUUAUGUGACACUAUAAAAAAUUCAUUAUUUAAAGGAAAAAUUGUGAAUUAUGUGAAAGGACUCUCACUUUACUUGUGAAGCCUGACUAGUGUUGCACUAAUAGUUAUAUAAAAGAUAAUACAGUAUAUGUGUAUAUGUUUAGAAUGUUUUUUUCUUUUCUUUUCUUAAAUGUUUCUUCUCUUCCCUAGCUUACAUUAUUGCACAUGCAAUGAAUGGACUUGAUGUAAUACAGAUGCAUUCUUUUGUUGUUGUUGUUCAGUCUUAAUUUGAUUUACAAUACCAGAAGCUGAGGAAUAUUUAUAUUUUAAUGGUACUGUAGUUCAUUUUAUUUCCAAACCUAAGCUAAAAUGCUAUUUAAUUUCAGACACAAAUCUUGGUUAUAUGAUAUAACAGUGCAAUAUAUUAUUCAUUCCAUUAUUAUUAUUAUUAUUAUUAUUAUUAUUAUUAUUAUUAUUAUUAUUAUUAUUAUUAUUAUUAUUAUUAUUAAAGAACAACUGGAAUCCAUUUUCCAUAUGUGUUACUUUUUUAAUUACUGGUCCCUAUCAAACAUAUCAUUGCUUUUUCAUAUUCUGAGCUGUCACAUCUGGACAUUCAAGAGUGUGCCCAUUGUUUAUGUUUUAUUUAUAAUUUUGUUUAUUAUUUGACUUUUUUUUGUGAUUUGUCAAAAGGAAAGAAAUAAAUAAAACUGAAAUAAAA